AUGAUAUAAGAUGUGAAUUCAUUUUUUGACAAUCCUGAGAUUAUAGGUAAAUCAAAUAAAAUAUGGUAAUCUGUUGAUUUAGAUAUAUAUAAUGUAAAAUAUAUUUAUUAAACGUUAUAAAGAAUGACAACAUCGUUUUUUAAGAAGACUGUCGCAAAAUCAGUAAAAAAUCCAAGAAACUUAAAAUGAUGACAAUCUAAUUAGGAAAUGAACAUAUAUAUCAUAUAAAAGACUAAAAAAUACAUUGCCUUAAUAUAACAGUGGCAGUGAUGACUACUUACAAACAUGAUUAAUUUGGCAAUAUUAUAAGAAUAGCUAGGAAUGGAAAAUAUUUCGAUUUAUAAUUAAAUGAGUAUGCUGUAUUCAAAAGUAUGAUGUCAUUAAGAUGUCUAUAAACAACUUUUCAUGAUGAAUUUGGAGUGACAAAGAUGAUUGGUAAAGGAAGUUUUGCAAAAGUUUAUUUUGCUACUAAAAAAUCUACAGGAAUCAAUUAUGCUGUUAAAGCAUUCAAUAAAGAAUUCAUGUAAGAAUAAUACAAAGGAAGAGAAUCUUUAGAGAAUGAAAUCAAAGUGAUGAGACGUUUAAAUCAAGAAAAUCUUGUUAAAUUAUACGAAACUUAUGAAACAUAAAAUUCAAUCUAUUUUAUAUUAGAUAUACUAAAAGGAGGUGAAUUAUUAACUAGAGUUAAGUAAUCUCCGUUGACUGCUACUAAUUUAUAAAAAUUAAUGUACAAUUUGAUGAAAGCAUUAUGUCAUUUGCAUUCUAAAAAAUGUAUGCAUCGAGAUUUGAAACCAGAGAAUUUAUUAUUAAGAGAGAAAGAUAAUGAUACUGAUAUAAUUAUUGCCGAUUUUGGAUUAGCAAGUUUCUUAAAUGAAGAUAUUUUAUUUAAAAGAUGUGGAACUCCUGGAUUUGUAGCUCCUGAAAUAUUAAUGUAUAAAGAAGGAGAUCCUUUUUAUGAUGAAAGAUGUGAUGUAUUCAGUGCAGGUGUUAUAUUUUAUGUUCUUUUAACAGGAAAGUAGCCAUUUUAAGGUGGAGAUUAUAAAUAAAUUUUAAGAGCUAAUAAGAAUUGUGAAGUUAAUUAUGAAAUAAAAUAGAUAUAAUGUGUAAAAUAAAUAGAUUAAUUAAUUUAGGCUCCCAUUUAAUUAGUUGAUUUAUUAAAGAAGAUGUUGUACCCUGAUGCAAAGACUCGUGUAUCAUCUGAAGAAUGUUUAAAGCAUCCAUAUUUUAAGGAAAUCUUUAAGGAAUAAGAUUUAAUAGAUAUAUAAGAGAGUUUAAGAGAAUAUGAUAAAGAUUUUGUUUAUGGUUUAGGUAAAUAAUAAGGGUAAUAUUGUUGAUAAUAAAGUAGUCCACCAAGUUAAGUUGGUUCAAUGCAAUUAUAAUAAAGAUUACCAGCUUUAAAUGGUAGAAUAGAUACUAUGGGUUCAUUUUCAAAUGUAUCUAACAAUGGAUCAGUUACAAGAUUAGAUUAGAAACCACAAUAGAUAUAAUAGAGUAAAUUCAGUUAAUUUGGAAGUAUUAACAAAUAAUAAGCUCAAUAAGAUGCAAGUAAUUAAAUAGAAUAAAGUUAUAUAUAGAUUCACCUGCAAUGAAAAAGAAUAUGUAAUCAGAUUUACGUAAAACAGCUUUAAAAAAUUCAUAUUAAUAACAAUUUAAUCAAAUAAGUAAAGAUGAUGAUUGUAUAAAUGAUGAUGCUGCUCAUUUAGAGGAUGCAAUAUCUAAAUUAAAUUCUUAAACACCUAAAAUGGGAGAAUUAAAAAAAGCAAAUUCAUAUAAAAUACCAAAAUCAUCUAUGGAAUGAGAUAUUUCUAU